UGCAGGUUGUCUAAUUUUACUAUUCUUUAAUUCAUACUUUAAACUUUUUCACCAAUUGUCACCGAUAACAACGAAAAUGGCAGUUUUAUCGCAAGGCGUCGGCUAUGGCGUUGUCAUAGGCUUUGGUGCCCUUUUUACGGCUCUCAUGAUGGCCCUCACCUGGAUGCUUAAACGUUAUCUCUACGAAGCACAAUCAAGUGAAAUGUUUUCGACAGCAAACCGCAGCGUUAAGACUGGUUUGAUUGCUUCUGCCAUUGUCUCUAGUUGGACUUGGGCCGCUACUUUACUGACAAGUACUGAGGUCGCUUAUCGUUAUGGUGUCUCUGGUCCAAUCUGGUAUGCUUCUGGUGCAUGUGUUCAAGUUUUGCUUUUCUCCGUCCUUGCCAUUGAACUGAAGCGUCGUGCUCCCAAUUCCCACACAUGUCUUGAGGUUGUAAGAGCACGAUACGGUCGUAGCACUCAUUUCGUGUACCUUGUCUUUGCUUUGAUUACCAACAUUAUUGUCACGGCCAUGCUUCUGCUUGGUGGUUCUGCAGUUGUUUCGUACCUCACAGGUAUGCACGUCAUUGCUGCAUGCUUCUUGCUUCCACUUGGCGUUAUUGUAUACACUCUAUUUGGUGGUAUCAAGGCUACAUUUCUUUCUGAUUAUACGCAUACUGCGGUUAUUCUGGUCAUCAUUCUUUACCUCGUGUUCACCGUCUAUACUUCCUCGCCUCACAUCGGCUCCAUUGAGCGCAUGUACGACUUACUCACGGUUGCCAGCAUGAAUGAUCCUAUUACAGACAACGCCCAAGGCUCUCUCUUGACCAUGUCCUCGCUGCAAGCUCUGAUUUUCGGUAUUGUUAACGUUGUUGGUAACUUUGGUACCGUUUUCGUCGACAAUGCUUAUUGGCAGAGAGCCAUUGCAAGUGAUCCCAGUCACUGUGUCAAAGCAUAUCUUCUUGGUGGUUUAAGUUGGUACGCUAUUCCUUUCACUUUGGCCACAACCAUGGGCUUGACUGGCCGGGCUUUGGGCAUUUCUGUCACCGACGAAGAGAUCACCGCUGGUUUGGUGCUCCCAAAUGCUUGUGUUGCAUUGUUGGGAACCGGUGGUGCCUGGGUUUGCUUGCUCCUUGUCUUUUUCGCUGUCACCAGUGCUGCCUCAGCCGAACUGAUUGCAGUGUCAUCCAUCUUCACAUAUGAUAUUUUCCGUGCUUAUAUUCGUCCUAAUGCUACGGACAAGACUGUAAUUCGCUUCUCGCACAUUUCAGUUCUUAGCUUUGGUGUUAUUAUGGGUGUUUUGGCUACAUUGCUCAAUUUCACUGGUAUCAACUUGGGCUACUUGUAUAAGCUAAUGGGUGUCUUGAUCUCUUCGGCCGUUAUCCCCAUCACACUUACAUUGCUUUGGAGUAAGCAAAACAAACACGCUGCCGCCAUUGCUCCAAUCUUUGGUCUUUGCUGCUCACUGACCGCCUGGCUCGUCACCACCAAAUCUCUGUACGGCGAAAUCACUGUCUUUACAUCCAACCAGAACUAUCCCAUGUUGGCAGGCAACUUGGUCGCCUUGUUUUCUCCCCUCUUCAUCAUCCUGCCGCUCUCUUUCAUCUGGCCCGAGAACUACACCUUUGAAGGCACCCGUCAGAUCCAAGUGGUCAAAGAGGACACCGUCACCGUGCCUGCUCCUGUUACUGCGUACGAACAAGAUCUGCGGCAGCAAGAGAUCGAGGAAGAUGAAGCUGAACAACUGCGACUUAAAAAGUCGUCCCGCUUCGCCAAGAUUUCGUCCGUGUGCUUGGCCUUAUCACUGUUUAUCUUGUGGCCCAUGCCCAUGUUUGGCUCCCAGUAUGUGUUCUCGCUGCCGUUCUUCCGUGGCUGGGUCAUCGUUGGCAUAAUCUGGGUGUUCUUCAGUACGUUCAUGGUCGGCGUGUAUCCAUUGUUUGAGGCACGCAAGGAUACUGUGAUUAUCUUGAAGGCUAUCUGGGACGACAUCCGUGGCCGACGCAACGUGAGCUUACCAAAGACGAUGGCCGAGGCUGGCAUCACCGAAAGCAACGACAGCGUGGUGGUCGAGGAAAAGAAGGUCUAAAAUCCCUUGUCAGGGGUCUUUCUUGCUGUAUACCAUCUUCUUUCUUUCGUUCGUUCUCUUUUGCUUCCCUUCAUUGUGUACAUAUGAGCUAUCAUUAUAACAUCCCAUCUUUCUGUUCGCUCACCUGAUAUUUUACCUUCCCGUUGACACCGAUCUCAUAUAAUUUACCU